AUGUCAUUUUAGAACAUUUGAAGCAACAGGAAUAAAGGUAAGCCCUUAACGAGUGCGGUAUUGGUUUCAACUGUAUAUUUUGAUUUGUUAAACUUUUUUAGGAACUUUGGAUAAAAGCAGGAGCAGGAGCUACAAAACGAGAUGUUAUGGCUGUUCGAUGUGGAACGGAAACACUUUCGGUACUUCCUGCACUUUAUUACUUAACAGCGGCAGAUUAUACCAGCAAAUUUGGGACCAAACGUGCUGCCCUUUAUGCCGAACUACAAAACCAUCUGUCAAUUUUUGUACAAGAUUUGUCGAAUACCGAAAUUAAAAAGUCUGUUGGAGAUGCAGAGAAAUAUUUCAUAAAAGUAUUACGAAAAAAGACUUCAUGCAAAACGUUUAAUGAGCUGAGGUAUUGGAUGUAUCAACAACAAAAGUGUUUCUUUAGAAAAAUUGCCACUAACAACUUCAAACAUAAGAUUUCAUAUUCUAACAGCUUUUAAUAUUGUAUAUAUUCAAAAUCACUAUUUGAAGAGAACACCAAAUCUUCUCAAUCCCCUCCAAUUUGGUUACAAUAACGAAAACGGUUACCUGGUGCCCAAUCGUUUAAAAAAUAUUUUUCCUCCAACUGAAACUGUAAUUGUUCAAAAUGUUC